CUGGUUCUGUCAGCUCUCCAGAGAUAUGGGAGGAAGUGGACAUAUCGUCCACCGACUAUGCCCGCAGGCGCAAUGAACUUAUUCAGAUGAUGGUUGACCUCCGAUCCAUGGGUGCCGACGCGCUGAUCGACUUACCAUCUGUGGUCGUAAUUGGUGGCCAAUCCGCUGGUAAAAGCUCACUGGUUGAGGCUGUCAGUGGGAUAAACGUCCCAAGAGAUAGCGGAACGUGUACAAGAUGCCCUAUGGAAUGUACAAUGUCCAGUCAUGCAUCAUCGUGGGCCUGCACUAUCACCCUACGUAUCGGCUUCAAUCGCAACGGCCUAGAACUGCGAAAACCUACUAAUGUGCGCUUUGGCGGAACGCUCACAGACAAAGGUGAAUUUGAAGUUUGGAUGCGUCGUGCUCAGGCAGCCAUUUUGAACCCAAACGUUCCUUCUUCGACUUUCCACACCAAAACCAUCGAGGAACUCAGGAAUGCGAAAAGUUUAUUGAAGUUCUCCCGCAACGUGGUGUGCGUCUCUAUCCAAGACCCCGAUGCGACUGACCUAUCAUUUUAUGAUCUGCCGGGCUUGAUACAAAAUGAAGACGCCGAAACCGUCGCCUUGGUGAAGAAUUUGGUGGAACAUUACACCAAGAAAGAAAACACUAUAAUAUUGACCACAAUUCCCAUGAGUGAUGAUAUGGAAAAUCAACAAUCCAUGAGUCUCGCCAGGGCCGCAGACCCUGAUGGAAAGCGAACAAUUGGCAAUAUAAUUAAAUCACUCAACGUUUUUUCAGGCGUACUCACGAAGCCUGACACACUCGGUGCUGGAGCUAUCAACCAGCGCCGCAAAUGGGUAGAAAUCAUCGAGGGUCGUUCGGAGGAACACACACUGAGGCACGGUUUUUAUUGUGUGCGUCUUCCCGAUGAUGCCGAACGCGCGCAACGCCUGUCUCGUUCCGAAUCGCAAAGGCGUGCCGCUGAAUAUUUCGACACGACGUCGCCCUGGAAGGACGUGACCGAUCGUCAUCGAUUUGGGAUUCCAGCUUUUGUCUCCGAUGUGAGCCGACUGCUCAUUCAAUUGAUCGAGAAAACUUUACCAUGUCUUAGAGAUGAUGUCGACAAGCUCCUUGCCAAAUGUAUCAAAGACUUCGACGAACUGCCCCCGCCACUUGCAAAUGACCCACAGAUUGAGGUAUUAGGGCGAGUUAAUGCCUUCUGCGAUGUCUUCAAGAGCUUUGUGAGCGGCAGUCACGAAGACAAACGCCUAGCACAGCAGAAUCGUGCUCUCUAUGCUGUCUUCAAGAGGGAUAUACGUGGUACUGCUCCCGACUUCAGGCCUUUUAAUCAACCGGAAGCCUAUGUUCCACUGGAUGAUACUGAGGGAAAUAUGACUCUUACUGAGCGGGAUCCGGGAGUGAAAACGAUGGGGAUAUAUGACAUCCGCAAGGUCAUCCAGGAGGCAAUUGGAUGGGAGCUUCCGAACAAUGUGCCAUAUCUAGCGAAGGCCAACCUCAUCGCUGAAUUUACCAAACUUUGGGUUGCUCCGUCUGAGCGCUGUCUCGAUGGUAUCAACAAUGUGCUCGAUCAAGUCAUUGAUGCACUCAUAAGCAGCCAUUUUGGACGUUUCAAAGUUCUCGAGGAUUAUUUUGGGAAUUUGAUUAGAAUCCAAGUUGAUAUCUGCAAGACUCGCGCUCAAGUUGCUGUCAAAACAGCUUUGGAUCUGGAAACUACUCCACACUAUACUCAGAACACGCACUAUCUUCAAACACUCCGCGACAAAUGGCUGUCUCAUUAUAAGACAGCUCGGAGUAGACCUUCUCAGUAUAAGGCUCACAUCCGUCAUGUUCGAGAGGUGACGGCCCAGGCCAAAGCUUUGAGGGCUCUUGCAGAAGCGGGGUACACAAAUAUUCGGGUUUCAGAUCUUGCACGGUUGUUACCUCCCGACUCAUUUGAAGACGAGCUAAUUGUGAUGGCUGAUGUUCGAGCCUAUUAUCACGUUGCCUACAAGCGCAUCGUUGAUCAUAUUCCUUUCACGAUUGAGCAUGCGCUCCAUCAUGCUCUAGCGGGGCAACUUUCGCAGAGCCUCCUCACGAGCUUGCUGACUGACGUUGCGUCCGGGCCCAAUUUCUCUGAGCGUAUGCACGAGUUGGUCAGAGAAGAUGAUUCUAUCGCUCAGAAACGCGUAAUGCUCUCAACAAGAAAACAACGACUGUUAGACAUUCGCCGGAGACUCGUGACCUUCAGCAAUAGUUCUUGAUCACCGGAGAAGUCACGAAAUAUGUUUGUUUGCUGGG